AUGUCUUCUGCAAAAGCUGGCGAUCAGACCGUGAUCGAGAUCGACGAUGGAGGUAAUGACCAUUCCGAAUCUCAUGUAGAUGUUAGGAAUGUAGAUUUAGGAGUAGAGGCUUCGUCCCUACCCAGCACUCCUGGGUUUGAUCCUGCCGGAGGUAGUGAGUUCCUCCGCAGCUCUUCCGACGGCUUGGUCGGCCGCAGCGGUGGUGGAGAGAGUCUCCGGGACGGUGGUCUUCGAGAUGUGGAUUCCGGUGCGCCCCGGAGGGAAGGAAAGGAGCCGGAGGUGGCGGAGUCCUCCGGCCAAGAGUUAGCCGUGGAUGAAAAUGCGGCGGCCUGCGAGAUAGAGACGGACAGCUCUCUUACUCUGUCUGAGGCAGACGUAGAGGUUGACACGGUCCAUCCGCCCAUGCCCGAGUCACGAAGGCCUUUGCGCGUCGCGGCGCACGAGGUUUGGGUGCGGAGUACAACAUAA